CCUAACGUGCAGAUUGCCUGCCACACGGAGCUGCUGAGGAGAGCGACACAUUAGCGUGGCGGAUGUGUUGUUAUUCUAUACCGAAGCAUCCCGUUUUCUCUCGCGUGUGUUUCCAUUGCUGUCUGCAUGUCUGUCCAACCGGAGAAUUGCAUAAAUGGCUAAACUGCCUCGGGUACAAGUUUGUAAACCAUAGAGAUUAACAGUGCCGGUUAUCAUUGUUUGGAAUUCUAUACGGAAAACAGUUAUCAACAUUUUUAACUACAAACAACCACAAAGAAAACAUACUCAUCUAUGGACUUCAUGCUCAAGUCAUUCGUGUGCUGUAUUAUCAUCGGUUUAGUGUUCAAAUCGUCCAUGGAGAUUUUGUUUUAUUAAAUGUGCGACCUUUUUCUGUUCAUUUGCUUGGAUUUUAAUACCUGACUUUCUCGGAUUUAAAUGAAAAUUCAUAAUAAGAUGCGUAUUUGCUGGUUUCCAGGAGUACUAGUACUGAUGGUCAACUUUGCUUUGGUCGACGUUGCUAUCAAUCCAGCCCCAGCUAGAGACAAGUGUUUGUCCUAUGAAAGCAAAUAUGUAACUGAGCACAGAGCAUGUGACUGUGUCGUGUAUCAGAGCUAUGGUCUCUCCCGAGGAAACUUCCACUCUCCGAACUAUCCACAGGUCUACGAUCGCGGCAUCGAGUGUAUCCUCUUCACAUUCAUUGGCGACGUUGAUGAACGAGUUGAGCUCACCUUUGUAGAAUUUGAUCUAAAAUGGAAAGACCCAGGUGCAGAGAGGUGUGGCGAUUACCUCCACCUCUUUCUGAACCUGGAGCGGGGAGAGGUCAACGAGAACAGUGAUUAUGACAUUGAACUAUGUGGCAACAUCUCCACCCUCAACCAGAAGACGUACUAUUCUCGAGGCCGCAGUCUCGUACUCGAGUUUCAUUCAGAUCCGACAAAAAGUUUAAAUCAUACAGGAUUCAAAGGAAUAUUCAAAUUUUUAGACGCACGCGACUUUGUAAGUUCCUGCCAAAAAGAACAGGGAACGAUGUGUUCCUAUACUUGUCCCAGUAGCCCCGGAAACAACAUAGGCAACAACAAAUUCUUUUCUCCAAGAUUUCCACAGAAUUAUCCACACACAGCUACUUGUCAUUAUCAAUUCUUAGGACAGGAGGGAGAAAAAGUUCGACUACAUUUUCAGACCAUACAACUGUACAACAAUGAAAAUUUGCCAUGUGACCAAGCUGCUGAUUAUAUAGAGGUGCAUGAUGGUCUAGAUCGCACACGUCCAACGAUUCGCCAGUACUGCGGGACAGGGGGGUCGGAGAGCCGUGUAGUUACCUCCAAAGGGCCGUACAUGUUUGUCAUCUUUUCAUCGGACGACGUCAACCAUCAAAAGGGCUUCGUAGCAUCAUACGAUUUCAUCUCCAAACAUAGCACAACGAUAUAUACCCCAUCUACAUUUCCAGCUUACAUUUCUGAAGAUGAUACCUUUGUUAACUGCAACCAGAAUAUAUCAAGUCUGGUCUCACACACUGGUACAAUAAAGAGUUCCAACUUCCCCAAUCGAUACCCCUCCACCACCAGGUGUCGCUAUAUUUUCACUGGUUCAGCCAAGGAGCGAGUUCAGAUCCGAUUUACAGACAUGAACCUGUUCUACUCCGGUGGAAAUAAGGACGAUCCCGUAGAUUGUGACCAGAAGGAUUCCAUCACAGUAUAUGAUAUUCUGGAUAAUGUGGAGACGGUAAUUGACGUGUUCUGUGGGGCCAAACUUCCUCCUCAGCUUAUGUCCAGCGGUCCCUACCUAAAGAUCGAAUUCAACUCUAUAUCACACAUAGAUCACGUCCCUUUCUCAGGAUUUAGUUUCCUUUACAAUUUCAGAUCAGAUUUUGGAAUAAACACAGGAAUACAAAAGAAAAAUAAAGAUUGUUAUUUUGAAUAUAAAAGUGGACUAACCAAAACAGGCAGAUUUGUUUCUCCAAAUCAUCCAGGACUUUAUCCAAAAGAUACCACCUGUCAUUACAUAUUCCACGGGGAACCAAAUGAACAAGUCCACAUUUUAUUUCGGGAAUUCGAAGUUAAAGGCAAAUUUCCAAGGUGUUUGUCUGUGGGCAGUGAUGUUGUGACAUUCUCAAACUUCUACGGAGUGGAGGAUCGGGAUAUGCCACGAUUGUGUGGAGUAUUGAAGCCAGAGUCCAAGCUUAUAGUUUCUGACAGCGAUUUUCUGAGUGUGGUCUUUCAGUCUAAUCUCAUACAGGAGAGUUCUGGUUUUGAGGCACAUUACAGUUUUAAGGAAAAAAAUAAAUCCACACCCUCCAACACUCCGCAAAGGUCCAGAGCGGGGGUUAUGCGGUCCAGUAGCCUAGCUAUUAUUGGUCAGUUGCUUAUAACUGUUGUGAUAGCAAAACACUUGCUGACGGUAGAUUCUUGAUCCAGACGACGCAGAUGUGGCCAUAGGUUUCCGUGGGAACAAAUUCUGUGAUAUCUACGAUGUAACACUGCACAAAUAAUUCGUCAAUAGUGAGAACAGAGGGGAUAUACACGCCAGUAAAAAAAUAUCGGAGAAGUAAAGGGAGAUCACUAAGGACGGGUCAAAUUUUGCCAGACACGCCUCUUAUUCUUUACCAGAAGGAGAAAUAUCUGUUCCAAAGACAAAAUACUCAACGCUUUCAUAUCAACUUCAUAUAGAAGAUGUCUUAUCUGAUAUAUUGAUAACAAGGAAAGAUAACUCUAUCCCAAUGCUAGUCACAUUUCAGUGGCAACAGAUAGGAGGAACUAUACAAGGGGACAGAGUCGUGUGGUCUUUGUCUAAAAGACCAUCAGUUUCACAGUAAACACAGAGAAAUGACUCCACAUUCUUGGAAAUACAUUUUCCAAUUAUUUGAAAUUCAAAAGCAGUUCACAUGAAGGAAUAAUGGGUCAGAGCUGUGAGAUGUGUGUUUAAUAUGGAUUGUGGAACACGUUUAAGAUAAAGCAAUAUUUUGAAAUACAUUCCUGACAGAAUGAGGCAGUAAUUGAACUGAUGCCGAGGACAUAUAUAUGUGAAACAUCCAUUUAUUUGGACAGCCAAAAAUGACUUUUUACCAAGAUAGGUGGAAACGUAUUGCCAUAAGACUUAUUGUGCUUUUCCAGAUCAUGGACUGGAAGCUUGUUAUACUAAGUGAUACUGCAAUACACAAAGAGAAAUCAGGAUUGUAAACAAGUCAUCUAUAUAUCAUAACUGAUGUUAAUACUAUCUGUUGCCUUUAUUCAUCCUUUCAACGUUGUUGACCAAUUCAUGUCUCUACCUCAUGUUCUCAACAAACCAACACGUCUUUGUAAUAUACAAGUCAUCGUCAUUUCAUGAAAUGAGAAAUCACACCACAAGUUUAUGCUGUAAAAUGCCGUAUGCCAUGUUUGCAAUGCACUUACGAUGUGUGUACGUAUAAUUCACAAGCUUGAUCUUAUAAAUAUGAGUAGGAUUGGGAUCUCAAGUAGUGAUGUCCUAAUUCUGUCAAGAUAUAUAUACCGUAGUGACUUCCGAUACAGUUUUCUAAAACUUCUGUGUUUUGCUGUUGCUCUUAAUGAUUUAACUUAUGUAGGAUUUUUAUGUUUACAAUAAACACUAGACAUUAAAUUGUGUAGUUUCAUUUCUCCUUUUUUAGUGAGAAGAAAACUUAACAGUCAAAGAUAGAAUAUAGUAAUUGGCACUUCGUCAAAGAAAAAUAAUAAUGGAGAGAAAAAAAAAAGAAAAAAAUAUUGGAAUAUGUUUUUGGAAUCGGUGUCGUAAAUGGAUAUUACCGAACAAUUUACAGGAAUAAUUGUGUACCAUCCACGACAGUUUUUAGUUGCUCUAGUACUUUCUUAAUGCUAUGUCUUGAUUGGUUGAUCGAUGAUUGGACAGAGUUAUUCAACAGCAAUUAGUUGAUGGAAUUCGGAUAGAGAACGUUUUUACAGAUUUUUAAACUAACAAUCGCAUAUAGUCAACAAAGACACCUUGGUAACAUCAAUAAAUAGGACCAAACAUUCGUUAACAUUGGCAAAACUAUAUCAACAAAACAAAUGCUUCUAUAACCCCUACAAAAAAGUGGGCAAAGCCUCGGGUUUUGAUAGGAUAAUCCUUUCCUGCUCCACACUAGGCACUGAUCUUAAUAUCUCGUGUUCCUAACCACGGCAAAUGCCUGAAUCCGACAGCUCAAGAAUGCCCUGGAAUAGAGGUCAGUGCUUGAAAAUGAAAAAUAGAAAAUCGUGUGUCAUGGGAACGUGCUUGUAUUUACUCAUUUAACCUUAAACAAUGCUGGAAUAUGUACUGAAGAAAAUUAUCAUGUAUACUUUUCGAUUAAAAACCAAGAUCAGACCAUUUAGUGAACAGAAAAAUUGUCCUGGACCAAAACCAGCGAUUUUGUCGAGUUUCCAAUAUGGCAAUGAGACAUUUAUCUUGUGGUUAAUCCAUUACUCAUUCAAACUUGCUCAAAUUCGCUGUCUAGAUCUGUUCAAACAUUUAAUCAAUUGUUGUUUGAAGACGUCAGUCAUAUAACUUAUCAACCAAUCAAAGACCUUUGUCAGAGUCAGAGCUCGAGAAAGUGGUGUUUACUUAUGUGAAGAAUUUUGGAGUUGUUUUUUUUUGUCUGGAUUACAUGACUGAACAAAUAUUUUUGAAUAUGGAACUACUCUGACAGAAACAAUCAAAAGUUUCAUAUACCUAUCCUAAUAUCAAACUUUUUUUAUGUUUAACAAGUAUUUGUUUGAAAGCUGUGCCAUAUUUGCAUACAUGUUUAGCUUUGUCAGCUAAACAAUAUUGUCUGCUUCCUAGACUGUGGAACCGCGUUUGGGUGCGCUGUGAAAUUUUGCAUUUAAGGAUGUUCAUGUAUCGGAAACAAUUGUCUCCAGAUAUUGACAUAGUCCUAUUAGGAAAAACAUACUAUACAGUGUAUAGUUUUGCAUAACCUUACUAAACAGUGUAUCGUUUUGCAGGGUCAAGAGUGGUAGAGUGGCAGAUUUUCCACGAGCGUGUGCGUUUUUUUUGUAAGGAAAUUGUAUAUAAAUACAUAGUAUAUCUGUUACACGUAUAAUAAUGUUAAUACUUCAGUGAAAACAAGAGUUUUAUAUAUAUAAAUCACCAUCACAUUUCUUCAUGUCUAUUCUAUAUAUGUACAUAAUGCUACACUGUACAGAUGAAAAAUCGCCAUUUGGUUACGAAAGUUGAUGUUAUCAUUGAUUAUGACUGAUAAUUUUGUUGCUGAUGUUGUGAAAGUUGUAUGCUAUUAUUGUUAGAAAUUGACGUACGUAUGUAUGUACAUGUAUGCAUGUAUGUAUGUUUUCAUGGUAUGUAUGUAUGUACAUGUAUGUAUGUAUG